AUGGCGUCUCAGCAACCCAAGGUGCUCCUGUUCGACAUGGGAGGUGUCUGUGUGGCGUCUCCUUUUCAGGUCAUACUGGACUAUGAAUCCAGUCUUGGCAUCCCUUUCGGAUGGAUCAACUUCUCCAUCUCCAAGUCGGCUCCCAAUGGAUCCUGGCACCGCUUGGAGAGGGGCGAGAUCACCGUGGAUGAAUCCUUUUUUCGCGGCUUCAAUAGAGACCUUCAUGACGCCUCCCUCUGGAACGUCUUUUAUGAAAACGAGCAGGCAAAGAACCCGAAGCUCCCCAGGGGCAUCCCACCCCUCCCCACCCUGCAUGGGGAGUGGUUGUUCAACGAAAUGAUGUCCAAGUCGCACGCGCCUGACCCGUGGAUGUACCCGGCACUGCAGAAGCUCCGGAAGAGUGGCCGGUAUAUUCUGGGCGCCCUGAGCAACACCGUCAUCUUUCCUCCCAGUCACCAGUUCCACACGCCCGAUUUCUUCAAGCACCCCCUCCGGGCGCUCUUCGACGUCUUCAUCUCAUCAGCGCACGUCGGCGUCCGCAAGCCCGAUCCUCGAAUAUACCAGCUCACAGUCACGAUGCUUGACAAGUUUGCACGAGACAACGCCAGUUCGCCACGCGGACAGCUGCUUGAGUGGCAGGAGGGCAUCCGGCCUCGCGAUAUUGUCUUCUUUGACGACAUUGGUGAGAAUUUGAGAGCCGCAAAGAGGCAAGGCUUCCAGACCUUCAAGGUGAACCUCGGGAAAGCGCACGAGGCGGUGGAGGAACUGGAGAGGAUCACGGGGCUAAAUCUAGCAGGAGGCCAUCCCGAGACGUCGACGAAGCCGCCGGGUUCGGGUCCGCCGGCGAAAAUAUGA